CAAACUACCCAAUCACCAUCACCAACAAACAAAACACAUCAAGAAAACCUUAACCAAAUCUAAGUCACGCCAAUCCACUCCCACAUUUCUCUUUUCACAUUCCAUCGUAACCAGAAAGAAGACGAAGACGAAGAAGAAAGGUACCUUGUUUUGAAGGAGGGGUUGAUGCGAAAGCAAGAGCCAUGACGUUGAAGGGUGGCACAAGCCACGCCUGCGCAGCGUGCAAGUACCAGCGGCGGAAGUGCACGUCCGAGUGUCAGCUAGCCCCCUACUUCCCGGCGAACAAGCCGGAGAUGUUCCGCAACGCGCACAAGCUGUUCGGCGUGAGGAACAUCGUCAAGAUACUGGAGAAGCUGGACGGUCCCCAGAGGCAGGAGGCGAUGCACUCCAUCAUAUGGCAGGCCAACAUCCGCGACCUCUACCCCGUUCAGGGUUGCUACGGCUACAUCUGCCGCCUCCAGUACCAGAUCCGCCAGGCCGAGGAGGAGCUCCAUGCCAUCCACGCGCAGCUCAACAUGUAUCGUCAGCAUCACCACCACCACCACGGCCUCGAUGCUGGCGCGGCGGCUGCAGAGGACAUGGUGCCUUCAUCGCAGUUGGAAUUGGGGAUGGCCCCUCCUGCAAGUAACAACAACAAUGCAGCCCUCACGCUGUUCGGGCACAACCCUGCACAGCAGGCUUAUGCUGCGGCUGGAGUGAUGGCUCAGAUGCCGUCUCCGGUGACUCCCGAUCAGCAGCAGCAGUUGUCCUACCCCAUUAGCAGCAACCCUGUGGGAGGAUACAACACCGGUUACUUUGAUGCCACCAAGGACGAUAAUAACAACAAUAAUAAUAAUGUAGCAGCAGUCAAUUCAUUCUGGCUUCAGCAUACCUAUGGUAUGAACAACAAUAAUAAUGCCGUCACCAAUUCCUCAUCCUCCAUGGGUGCUCUUCAGUCCCAGUUGUUAGCAGCACAGCCACUAGGUGGUAUCCAGGAAGAAGUUGUGCAGGACUAUGAUGAGAUGCAUCCGUUUUUCGACACCAUCGAUGACAGACAAUCGUAUAUUGAUUCUAAAGAGGCUUAUGAUACAAGCUCGGAAGAGUCUCUCAAGGACACUACACAGUCCCUUGAGCAACACGUAGUGGCAGAGGACGAGCUGAAGAGCGCGGCGGCAUGCUUCAGUCUCACAAGUGUCAACUGAUAUAAUCAUUCAGAUAAGUAAAAAAAACAAGAAUCUAUAGAGCAUGCAGAUGAAGCCUUGGUGCAGAAUAUAGUUUCUCGAUAAUCUUGGUUUCAAGUUCUCAUUCAGUUCUUUUCUCCAUCGUCAAAUCACGCAUUGUUUUCAAUUGGGUACAUCUUUUGACAAUCUUGAGGGGUUUGGUUUCUAUAUCUUUUCGAGGUUCGACAGAUUGUAGAUUCUUUCGUUAUUUCUUGGACAUCUGUAAUCGUGCUUUAGAAGUUUUGAUUAUUUCAUAGUUGAACAAUGAAUGCAUUCAUAGUUUUAGUCCAUACAUUAUGAAGAGAAAUAAGAUUAUCUCCC